AUGGGAGCCGGCGCUCCAAUGUACCUGGCAGCAGUCAUAGAGUAUCUCUCCCCUGAAGUUUUCGAGUUGGCCGGUAAUGCUGCUCGGGACAAUAAGAAUACCAGAAUCAUACCGAGGCAUCAUCAGCUUGCCAUCCGCAACGAUGAAGAGUUGAACAAGCUCCUGUCCAGAGUGACGAUUGCCCAUGGCGGUGUACUACUUAACAUUCAAGCGGUCUUUCUGCCCAAGAAGACCGAGAAUAAGGCCUAA